UCUGAUCACGCCUAGUUUCGUCGGUAUCUCUUCGCAUUAAAGCCCUAAAUCUCCCAAUUUCAAUUGCGAUAAUUUUGUUCAGAGGGAAAUCCACAUCUGACGUUCUUCAGAUUUGUACAAGAAAACUAACAUGAGAUUUAGAAAAGGAAGCAGAGUUGAGGUUUUAAGCCUCAGAGAGACACCUUAUGGCGCGUGGCGAACAGCCGAGAUUCUUUCAGGCAAUGGUCACACGUACAGCGUUCGAUACUACUCGUUCGGGUUUGCAAAAGAUGAGACAUUGGAGGAGAGAGUUGCGAGGAAGAUGAUCAGGCCGUGUCCUCCGCUAAUCGAUGUAUACAGGUGGGAAUCUGGCGAACUAGUUGAGGUUCUUGAUCACGUUUUCUGGAAACCCGCUACGGUCCUCAAGGAGUUGUCGGGACGAUGCUACGUGGUUCGGUUACUUGGCGCCGCCGCGGUGGAACUUACGGUUCAUAAAGUUAACCUCAGGGCUCGACAAUCUUGGCGAGAUGAAAGAUGGUGUCUGAUUGAAAAGGUAUCUUGUUCUGUGAAGUCCUCUACGUUGACUGGUUCUGAUGCAAACCAGAAUCUAAAGACACGUAAGACGAGUGUUGUUUCUAUAAGACUGGUGAAGAGACCUUCACCCUGUGAGUCUGCUGAAUCAUGCACGGGAACUCCUAAGAAGAUGAGAUUGACGGAGGAAGCUGCUGCUGCGAAGAAUGGUUUCCGUCAAAUGGUGAGGGUAAGAUCAAAAAGGUUUAGUAGUGAUGAUACUAGUGAUGCAUGCUCGGUUGGUAGUUGUAGCCCUAUUAGAUAUGAUGAGUCAACUUCUUUUCUAGAUGGUUCUUCUAGCCAAGACGCAGACUCUUGUAGUAGUGAUGCAGAGUCUUCAAAAGGAUGCAGACAAGAAGUGAGGAGGUCCUGUAGGCCUGAACUGUCCACAUACCGGAGUACACUGGGGAAGCUAUUUGCUCAAGGCCCACUAAACUGGGAUCAGGAAGCAUCACUAACGGAUCUCCGACUUUCUCUUGAUAUAUCAACUGAUGAACAUUUGAUGGAGAUAAGAAACCUAACGUCUUCUGCUGGUACUUCCCUGCAAUGUGGAAUCAGCUGUUACAUAUUUUUCUUUUCCAAGAGGGUUCUUAUAGUGAUCUGUAUAGGCAACAGAAUGGAAGAAAGAACAGUGUAGCAAUGCCGGGUGGUUGCAGAUCUUGCUUCUAGAGAUCUUUACUCAGAUGCGUUGGUUUUACCUAUCCGUGCAAAACACGACGCCCCUUCUUACUCAAAUACAUUAGUUAAAUUGUACCGUCUUUUUCGUUUUGGUUAUUCCAAACUGAUCUGUUUCAGGUGUUGUUGGAUCAACUCUGUUCAGAGGCACUUGAUAUGUUCCUGUUCUAAGGAGGAAAUUCACGGUCUGGUUGGAUAAGUUCGGUGAUAACAAAGUCCAUACCUGAUAGACUAUUGAGUUGUGCCAAAUACUUACGACAAUAGUCUUUUUAAUCUUUCAGUAGGUGUGAUUCUCAUGAUAUCUCUUCUAAACACUCUGAAUCCGGAGCUGUCCAUUUUUGUUAGUUUGUGCCAUGUUUACAACAUUUAAUAGAGGCUGAUAAACAGGUGAUGUAAACGUAAUACGUUAAAUGAAAAGAUGGUGAGCUUUUAAGAAAAUAAAAUUUUGAUAAGUUA